UUUAUAAAUAAAACUUGCAGCGUUGUUCAGUUAGACUUUCAAAAAUCUACUUCCUUUUUAUUUUCGUUUCCUAAUUGGCCCAAGGCCUCAACCACCCGGAUAUUCUGACAGGUCGUUCUGUAAGGACCGUUGAUAUCAAUAUUGGUCUAGGAGUUCUAAACAUGGACGGCGGGGUGCUUGCUCAAUUCUUGCAAUUACCACUCACAGACGUUGUUUUCCCAGCCGCCCUCACGCUCCGCUUUGCCGCACGCUGCGCUUGUACUUUUUUAAUACGCGAGCCUAUUAAUCCAGCUGCUGCCAUGCAGAAUGUCAUUGUAAUCUUGCGCAAGUUUAGGCAGAUGGCACUGACUAUCCAGCAAGUUGAAAUAGCAUGGCCUGAAUUCUUCUAUCAGUAUACCAGCGGGCAAUCCGGCGAAUUACUCAGUCAGAUCGCAGAGGAGCUGCAUCGGGGAGUAAGCGGAAUUUCCAUUCAGCACAAUUGCAGCCUAUUUUGUAUUGGUACCCUAGAACCCCUUGGUCAAUUGUGCCUAAAUCAAUUGGCGUUUGGCGAAAGCAGCAAUCCCGUGUGGAUUGUUGAAUGCAUUCAGCGGAAUGCAGCAUCGCUGAAAAUCCUUUCUUUAGGAUGUUUGGAUAUACAGAUGGCAACCGCACUGUUACGCAAUGUCCAGGAAGCCCUCAUCGUUUAUCAAUGCUUGGAGUUUUUUGAGUUUAUAUGCAGAAGCUACACGGAUGUAUCGAUUAUAUCGAGAUUAUCAGCAGCUGCGGCGGCGACGCAACCCACAGAUACGACUGUCUACUUCCCCGCACUAAAAUACUACAAAUUCAGUGGUCCUUAUCCGUUUGUUGACGAUGCUCUGUUCAGAGGCAACAGCCGCACGCUAGAGAGACUGGAUAUCAACAUCACCUCUGAGUUUAUUGACAUUGCAGACAAAUGUUGCAUUUUUACAGAUAACAAAUUCCCAAGCGUCCAGUAAAUUGGUCUAACAUAUGUUGGUCCAUAUCUUAUUACCGAGAGAUACCUGGAAACGAGAUUUCGGGAGUUUGUUCUUCAGAUUUUACCAGCACUCGGCGCUUCAACUCGGAUCCAUACAUUUA